GGAAGAGAUCCGACAAAUGAAACAAGAAGAGUAUUACACCUACCUUGACGAAGUUGCCGACUAUGACUGGUCGGAUAAUCGAGGAAUUUUCCACGAAAAUUAUCAACGAUUAAGCCCAACUCGGAAAGUACAAGUGGAGCGGCUUACUACCAUGGGUAUUCAACUAUGCUCCGCCUGUUUAAUACCUUGCCAGGACCAAUUCUGCGAUGAUUGUUGGCCUGAAAUGAUACCAGUACCCAAUGAAGAAUGGACAGAUCAACCCGAUUGGUUUGAAGAAGUCGAAGAACAAGUCUUUGGAACCAUCAUGGACUACCCAAUACCUGCUAAUUUUCAAGGCUACGAACCUAUAAAACCAAAGAAGAUUACAAAACGACAUCAGAACAAUCAAACAAUAAAAUAUUAUAACCAUAAAAAGGAAGGAAUCAAACCAGAAAAAGCACAUCCUACUAAUGCUGAAUUUGAUCUCCGAUACCCCGGAAAGAAACCAUUAAUAUUAAAACCCCACACAGUAACAAAAAUCGACCUCAAAAUAGCUGUAGAAGUACCUAAGGGAACUAUGAUGCAAUUAGCAUCCC